UGUUCCGACUUUCCGAUUGGUCUCCGACUGCGAAGUUCUCGUCUCCUCGAUUCUGCCCUCCACUCUGCGUACCAAAGUGCAAACCCCAAGCAUUUUCGUCUUACCUGUUAGCCAAUCUCUCUUUAUGAAGUGUUAAUAUUCAUCACACCUCUCGGAGCGAUUCCUGGAGGGGUUGCUGAGUUUUUACUCGGGAGACCGAGUCCGGAUUUUCUAUUGUCUUAAUGGAUAGAACUGCAUUUCUCACUGUGCUUUUCUUCCUCCUGGUUGUUUCGGAUGUAUCCAAUGCGUCUUUGCUUCUCAACCUCAGAAAGUUUGUAACCACAGCCAGAGAUUCAAUACCUGGUACUCCGGCACCAAUUCCGGCUUUGGUCACUGGUGAUAAGAAUGUUGAUCCAGAAACAUUGAAUACAGGAAAUAAGGAAAAUAAACUGGAUCCAAACUCAACAAGUAAAGGAGAUGAAGGAAAAGAAUUGAUUCCAAAAUUAGGAAAGGAAGAAAAUAAGAAAAAACAAAUUGAUCAAAAAGUGCCGAAUGCAAUAAUUAAGGGUUCAAAAUCGGAUCAGAAACCAGUGAAUGAAGCAGGUAAAGAUUCGACAUUGGAGUCGAAAUCCGAGAAUGUAACGAAAAAGGAAUCGAGAUUGGAUCAUGAACCGGUGAAAGAAACAGGUAAAGAUGAGAAAUCGGAUUCGGAAUUGGUGAAGAAAAAGAAAUCUGAUGCUGAAACGGUUAAUGGAGCGGGUAAGGAAAAGAAAUCAGAUUUCAAAUCGGUGAAUGAUGCAACUAAGGAGAACAAUUCGAAUCCAAAAGGAAUAAAUGAAGCAGGAAAGCAACAUCCAAAUCCUUCCCCUCGAACUGGUGAAACGGUGAAGGAAAACAAAUCCGACCCAGGGUCACUGACAGACGAAACUUGUGAUGGAUUGAAUCCCAGGUGCAACAUCCAAAAUGAUUUGACUGCUUGCAUUAAGAGCUCUAAUCGUGGGUCAAAGAUCGUUGUUCUACUGCAAAACAAUGCAGAAGAAAAUUUAAAGGCAACUGUUUCUGCAGGAAACAUACACGAGGAGCUAGAGAUUCCUAAAAAACGGAGCAAAUUGCUCUCUAUGUCGCUUACUGGAAAUGGUGUCGAUGUUGUAUUACCUGAUGGAAAAGGCAAAUGUGUGCCUCAUUUGAGCAUUCCUGUAUCUGAAGCAAACUUUAUGCGUUUCCCUUCAUAUGACCAGCUAGUAACCCCAGUUAAUGGCGUCUACUUGGUAAUUUUUACAGUGCUCAUAUUUGGAGGAAUGUGGGCUUGUAUCAAGUUUAGCAGGAGGAGACGGCAGGGUGGUGGGAUUCCAUAUCAAGAGCUCGAAAUGGGAUUGCCUGAAUCUGUUUCAGCUGCUGAUGUGGAAACAGCUGAAGUUUGGGAUCAAGGUUGGGAUGACGAUUGGGAUGAGAAUAAUGCAGUGAAGUCACCGGGGGGACUUCAUGUGGGUAGCAUUUCUGCUAAUGGCCUUACGUCCAGGUCUCCAAUCAAAGAUGGAUGGGAAGACGACUGGGAUGAUUAGUGUAUUGUAUUGUACAAGCAAGGGGCAGCGUUUUACCUAGAAGCGAAGUCGAGGAUAAAAAACAGUAGCACAUACAAAGGGUAAAAGGGAAAGAAGAAGAUGACAUUCAUUUGCUUUGUCAUUUGUAAAUUGGAAAUCCUUCUCAGUUCUCACCGUUGGCUCAGUUUGGAACUCGAGUGAGGUGGGGGAGAGUAGGGUGAUAUUUGAGACAAGAGGGAGGAAGAACAAAGACACUAACACCGGUUAUCGAUGUGAUAGAGCCCAGGGAAAGCAAGUUUGUAAAUGUUGUUUGUUUUGACAAAAUACCAUUACUAGAACACGAGUGCAUUUUAUUUUUGUAAAGUAUCUUUUAUGAUGAUUUCUAUUAGACCUGAAUCCUCUUUUUCUCAA